AUGAGCCCGGAGUCGAUCCAGCCCAUCUGGGCUGAGGUUCAGUCGUCGCUGGAGGCCUUCCAAUCCAGUGGAACGGAGUCCGCCCGGAUUGACGCCCUCGAGAAGGCAUCGAAGCUGACACGAGCGCUGGAGAAGCCCCGCGAUGCGAUUUUGAAGCUGGCCUAUACGCCGAACGCCUUGAUGGCCGUGAAAGUGGCCCAUGACAUGCAGGUCUUCCCUGUGUUGGCGACAGCGACGUCGCCCGUCUCCGUUGGCGAGCUCGCAGCCCUGAAGCCUGCGGAUCCUCUUUUGGUCGAGCGAAUGAUGCGCCUCUGCGUGGCAUUCGGCUUUGCGGACGAGCCCUCGCCGUGUGAAUACCUUCCGACCGCCGUGACCAAGGAGAUGGUCAACCGGACCUCUAUCGGGGUGGUGGAAUCGCUUUUCCUCGAAUUCCUCCCGGCCGUCCAGAAGACCCCCGAAUACCUCGCGAGCACUGGCUACCAAAACCCCGAAGACCCGCUCUUCGCCCCUUUGCAAUACACCAACGACAUGACGGAGGAUGGGUUUGCGUGGCUGUGCCAGCACCCGGAUGCCCUGGCGCGCUUCAACAACUUCAUGGAAGGCCAACGCGCCGAUCGCCCCCACUGGGCCGACUGGUUCCCCGUGGCGGAUCGCGUGCUGGCUCAGGCCGACCCGGACCCGGAGCGAGCCCUGAUCGUGGACAUCGGGGCUGGCCGUGGCCAUGACCUGCUGGGAUUCCAGUCGCGGUUCCCCGAUUCGCCGGGGAAGCUGAUCCUGGAGGACCUGCCGCUGGUGAUCGACGAGGUACAGGGGGCGCGGGAUCUGGAUGCCGCGGGCAUUGUGCCGGUCAAAUAUAACUUCUUCACGGAGCGGCAGCCGGUGAAAGGGUCCCGGGUGUACUACUUCAAGAACGUGAUGCACGACUGGUCCGACGACAAGGCACGGAUCAUCCUCAACCACGUCAUCGAGGCCAUGGAGCCGGGCUACUCGAAGCUGAUCAUGGAGGAAUAUAUCGUGCCCGACCGGAACGCGACGGCGAUCCACGGCAUGACGGACCUGGCCGUGAUGGUCUUCUGCUCGGGCCUGGAGCGCACGACGCAGCAGUGGACGCGCCUGUUGAACUCGGUGGGCCUGCGCGUGAACAAGUUCUGGACGCGCGAGGGCGAUGGGCUGGGCGUGAUUGAGGCCGAACUGGCGGAGGAAGUCGCUAGGUUAUGA